GCUUUAUUACUACGUGCGCCAAUUGCGUAAAUGUUUCGGUGAUUGUGGGCAGAUGCGCGCAUGCUCAUUGUCAGGGGGAGUGAGAGGAGCAUGAAUGGAGCAAAAUGGCGGAUCAUGUGCAGAGCCUAGCCCAGCUAGAGAUCCUGUGCAAGCAGCUAUAUGAGACCACAGACACCACCACACGUGUGCAGGCAGAGAAAGCGCUGGUGGAGUUCACCAACAAUCCCGACUGCCUGAGUAAAUGCCAGCUGUUGCUGGAGAGAGGAAGUUCGUCAUACUCACAGUUGCUGGCUGCGACGAGUCUCUCCAAGUUGGUAUCCCGUACGAGUAACCCGCUUCCCCUAGAACAACGCAUUGACAUUCGAAAUUAUGUUCUUAAUUAUCUGGCAACCCGGCCAAAGCUUGCUGCCUUUGUGACACAAGCCCUGAUCCAGCUGUACGCCAGAAUCACCAAGCUUGGCUGGUUCGACUGCCAAAAGGAAGAUUACGUCUUCAGGAAUGUCAUAGUCGAUGUGACAAGAUUUUUGCAGGAUAGUGUGGAACACUGCAUCAUAGGAGUAACAAUACUUUCUCAGUUAACCAAUGAGAUUAACCAAUUUUUGCUUCUCCAGGCAGAUUCAUCGCAUCCGCUCACAAAACACAGGAAGAUCGCGUCAUCGUUUCGAGAUUCCUCUUUGUUUGACAUCUUCACACUUUCCUGCAACCUUCUCAAGCAGGCAUCUGGGAAGAACUUGAAUCUAAACGAUGAGAGCCAGCACGGGCUGCUCAUGCAGCUGCUCAAACUGGCCCACAACUGCCUCAACUUUGACUUCAUCGGUACAUCAACCGAUGAGUCCUCAGAUGAUCUGUGCACCGUCCAGAUCCCCACCAGCUGGAGAUCAGCCUUUUUGGAUUCCUCGACCUUGCAGCUGUUUUUUGAUCUGUAUCAUUCCAUCCCUCCCUCGCUUUCCCCCCUGGUUUUGUCUUGUCUAGUUCAGAUAGCAUCUGUCCGGAGGUCUCUCUUCAACAACGCCGAAAGAGCAAAGUUCCUUUCACAUUUAGUGGAUGGUGUCAAGAGAAUAUUGGAGAACCCACAGAGUUUGUCAGAUCCAAACAACUACCAUGAGUUCUGCCGUCUGCUGGCUCGACUCAAGAGCAACUAUCAGUUAGGAGAGCUGGUAAAAGUCGAAAACUACCCCGAGGUCAUCAGACUGAUCGCUAACUUCACCGUAACUAGUCUACAGCACUGGGAGUUUGCACCCAACAGUGUGCACUAUCUGCUGAGUCUAUGGCAGCGUUUGGCCGCCUCUGUCCCAUACGUGAAGGCCACAGAACCCCACAUGUUGGAGACCUACACCCCUGAGGUGACCAAAGCCUACAUCACAUCUCGCCUGGAGUCCGUACACGUCAUUUUGAGGGAUGGUCUUGAAGACCCCUUGGAUGAUGCCGGUUUGGUGCAGCAACAGUUGGACCAGCUGUCGACCAUCGGGCGAUGCGAAUAUGAGAAGACCUGUGCCCUGCUGGUCCAGCUCUUCGACCAGUCGGCCCAGUCCUACCAAGAGCUUCUGCAGUCCACCAACUCCAGCACGAUGGAUAUAGCAGUACAGGAGGGCCGUUUGACAUGGCUGGUGUACAUCAUUGGCGCAGUGAUCGGAGGAAGAGUUUCUUUCGCAAGCACAGAUGAGCAGGACGCCAUGGACGGGGAGCUUGUGUGUCGGGUUUUGCAGUUAAUGAAUCUCACAGACUCUCGACUGGCACAAGCUGGAAAUGAAAAGCUCGAGUUGGCCAUGCUCAGUUUCUUCGAACAGUUCCGCAAGAUCUAUAUCGGUGACCAGGUGCAAAAAUCAUCAAAGUUGUAUCGGAGACUAUCAGAAGUUCUUGGGCUGAAUGAUGAGACCAUGGUACUUAGUGUUUUCAUUGGGAAAAUAAUCACCAACUUGAAGUACUGGGGACAGUGCGAACCAAUCACAUCAAAGACACUACAGCUUCUCAAUGACCUCUCUAUUGGUUACAGCAGUGUUAGAAAACUAGUGAAGCUCAGCGCUGUCCAGUUCAUGCUAAACAACCAUACAAGUGAGCACUUUUCUUUCCUGGGCGUGAACAAUCAGGCCAACCUCAGCGACAUGAGGUGUCGGACAACUUUCUACACAGCCUUGGGGAGACUUCUUAUGGUAGAUUUGGGAGAGGAUGAGGACCAGUUUGAGCAGUUCAUGCUUCCUCUUACUGCUGCGUUUGAAGCCGUCGCUCAGAUGUUCAGCACCAACACCUUCAAUGAACAAGAAGCUAAAAGGACUUUAGUGGGACUGGUGAGAGAUCUGAGAGGAAUUGCCUUCGCCUUCAAUGCCAAGACCAGCUUUAUGAUGCUUUUCGAUUGGAUUUACCCUACCUACAUGCCCAUUUUACAGCGGGCAAUAGAGCUCUGGUAUCAUGUACCUGCCUGCACCACACCGGUCCUUAAACUCAUGGCCGAGCUCGUCCACAAUAGGUCACAAAGAUUACAAUUUGACGUGUCUUCACCAAAUGGAAUCCUGCUGUUCAGAGAGACAAGCAAGAUGAUAACAACAUAUGGGAAUCGAAUCCUGACGCUGGGUGAGGUGCCAAAAGAUCAGGUAUACGCACUGAAGCUAAAGGGAAUCUCCAUCUGUUUCUCUAUGCUGAAAGCCGUACUAAGCGGCAACUACGUCAACUUCGGUGUCUUCCGGCUAUACGGGGAUGAUGCCCUAGACAACGCCCUGCAGACCUUCAUAAAGCUGCUCCUAUCCAUCCCUCACAGUGACCUGCUGGACUAUCCAAAGCUCAGUCAGUCCUACUACUCUCUUCUGGAGGUGCUAACUCAAGACCAUAUGAACUUCAUCGCCAGCCUGGAACCUCAUGUAGUCAUGUACAUCCUGUCCUCCAUAUCAGAGGGGCUUACAGCACUUGACACAAUGGUGUGCACUGGUUGCUGCUCCAGCCUGGACCACAUAGUUACUUAUCUGUUCAAGCAGCUUUCACGCAGCACCAAGAAAAGAGCGGCGCCUAUGGCCCAAGAGAGUGACCGCUUCCUUCAUAUAAUGCAGCAGCACCCUGAGAUGAUCCAGCAGAUGCUGUCCACAGUGUUGAAUAUCAUCAUUUUCGAAGAUUGUAGGAAUCAGUGGUCUAUGUCACGGCCACUUCUUGGUUUGAUUCUACUCAAUGAGAAGUAUUUUGCAGAUCUAAGGAACAGCAUUGUGAACAGCCAGCCACCGGAAAAGCAGCAAGCCAUGCACUUAUGCUUUGAAAAUCUCAUGGAGGGCAUAGAGAGAAACUUGCUUACAAAAAACAGAGACAGGUUUACACAGAAUCUUUCAGUAUUUAGAAGAGAAGUCAAUGACUCCAUGAAGAAUUCCACAUACGGGGUAAACAGCAACGAUAUGAUGAGCUGACAUUCCAUAGAGAACCAGGCCCCGCCCACGUGGCCCAGCCCCGCCCUGUACUCCCACCCGCCCCUGGCCCGGAUGCCGGGGGACCACCGCUGCGCAAGCCUGCACCUCCCGCUCCCCAAUCCCUAAAUCCCUCACACCUCCCCACCGUCCCUUUUUAUAUAUAUACACAUAUAAAUAUAUACAUAUUUUAAAGCCAGUUUCUAGAGGUCAUUCACUUUGGCCAUUCUCUUGUCAUUUGGGGCUCAAAGUCCAAAGAGAGAGGAGGGGAAUGGUAGGGAAUGGGUUUGGGGUGUGGGACAGCACCUGUGUGGAAUCUAGAGCGGCCGGCAGAAGUCCAAAAGCUCUUAGGGAUGAUGGAAAAACGGGCGUUGAGUGUCUGUGUGUUUGCGUGAGUGUGUUGGAGCGCGUGUCUGUGGAAAGCAAGGGUUAAGAUGAGCUGUAAUACAUAGCACUCUGCUUUUGCCUGCCUUGUAUAGAAACACAUAAGGAAAAAAGUGUACAUUUUUUUCAUAACAUUUUCAACAAUGUUUAUAAUGAUUACGAUUUAAGAAAAAUAAUGAGUGUGAUUGAAUCUUUUUACAGUCUAGUAAGUUAGUGCAGCUGUGCUGAAGUGUGGGUUUGUCUGUAUGGAGAGAGAGAGAGAGAGAUUUGUUUAUAUCCGGGUGGCGUGAGUGUUGGGAUUGACACCCGUCUGUGGAGGGGGACGGGACAUGGGCGGGGUCAAAGGUUCAAUUUGUUUUUUUCUUCAGAUUAAAUCUAUGGAACAAACAUUGGUGCACAGAUGAGUUUGUAAAUACACUUUAUUGCAGUUACGUCUUCAAAAGGUUUAACAUUUCCCUCAUUUAUAACGUUUAUGGGCAUGGUGUCAAGUCAAUCUUGGGUCAACCCUUCCCACGUGAGAGCUGUCGUGACAUCCCACCGGCGUCACCAUCAAGUUUGUUCCGAGAUCUGCUCGUCGCUGACCUGGGAACAGCCCUAAAACGACCCAUAGAUCUUUUUUACAAUCUUUCUGAGAACACGACUGUUCCCCUCCCUUUUGUCUCUAAAGGAUUUGAUCAUGUCUUUUGUGGAUUUGAUUAGAUAAAGUGACUUAUGGUUGUGGUGAAGUUGCUCUCUGAGCUUUCGUCAACCGUUUCCCUGCUUUUUGAACUCACAUGCUUCCAGUCUUUCGUGGCUUUAUUGUCGAUCUGGCGUUCUUCGGUAGUGAAGCCUUUUGAAUGUAGCCUUGUCCUUAACAAAAGACCCCGAUAGGUCUCACGGGCAACAGCAGCGGAUCACUCUGGUCAGUUGUCUUUAGCUUUAACCCCUCACGUUUUUUCACUCCCCCUCAGAAGGAUUCCCGUUUUAUUUUUAAUAACUGAGAAGCGUAAACAGAACGUAGUAAAUUUAAAAACAGAACCCGGACGGAAUGUAUUUGCAACUUGUGCUACUCGACGGAUGUUGCUGCUAACUGUUUGUGAAGAAUUAGCUCAUCUCUUAACCAUGUCCAACACUUAUGGAUGUUUAUUAAGUUCUCUUUAUUUUUCUCUUGGUUCCCUGACGUGAAUGUGUGUUUUGGCGACUGUGUGUUGGGUCCAUCGAGUGAUAAGGUAGCUGGUUGAAUUGUUUGUUUGGAUGUCUGCUACAUAUAGUGUAAGCAUUGUGACUGCAAAAUAAACAUCAUUGGUUUGUACUA